UUUCUCCCUCCUUUCUUGGGAUUCACCUCUGAUUGUUGUGAUUGCUGCUCCCGCGGACGAUGUUUCCCCAAGACACGCUCCACUCACUGUUACUCCUAACCAUCUAUCUAAAGCUGUGCCAAGCCUGGUCAGUGAAUAAUUUUCUUAUGACUGGUCCUAAGGCUUAUCUGAUUUACUCCAGCAGUGUAGCCGCGGGGGCCCAAAGCGGCAUUGAGGAAUGCAAACACCAGUUCGCCUGGGAUCGCUGGAACUGCCCGGAGCGGGCGCUGCAGCUGUCCACGCACAGCGGCCUGAGGAGCGCAAACCGAGAAGCUGCCUUCGUUCACGCCAUUAGCUCCGCAGGGGUGAUGUACACAUUGACCAGAAACUGCAGUCUGGGCGAUUUCGACAACUGUGGGUGUGACAACUCUCGGAAUGGGCAACUGGGAGGACAGGGCUGGUUGUGGGGAGGAUGCAGCGAUAACGUCGGCUUUGGAGAGACAAUUUCCAAACAGUUUGUUGACGCUUUGGAGACUGGACAAGAUGCGAGAGCAGCCAUGAACCUUCACAACAACGAGGCGGGUCGAAAGGCAGUUAAAGGCACAAUGAAACAGACCUGUAAGUGCCAUGGUGUGUCUGGGAGUUGCACCACACAGACCUGUUGGCUUCAACUACCUGAAUUCCGAGAGGUUGGUAACUACCUGAAGGAAAAGUAUCACAAAGCCCUGAAGGUUGACCUUCUUAAAGGGGCAGGCAACAGCGCAGCCAGCAGAGGAGCGAUCGCUGAAACCUUCAGUGCCAUUUCCAAGAAGGAACUGGUUCACCUGGAAGAUUCCCCAGAUUACUGCCUGGAAAACAAGACCCUAGGUCUACAGGGGACAGAAGGAAGGGAAUGCGUCAAAAAGGGUAAACACCUGAGCAAAUGGGAGAAGCGGAGCUGCAAGAGGCUGUGUGGGGAUUGCGGACUGUCUGUAGGGGAGAGACAAGCACAGAUGAUGAGCAGUUGUAACUGCAAAUUCCACUGGUGCUGUGCAGUGAAGUGUGAACAGUGCCGGAAAACCAUCACCAAAUAUUUCUGUGUGAAGAAGGAUAAGAAAUCCAGGAAUGAGAGUGCAUCAAAAAGGAAGGAAGCACGGCCUGGCAGGAGACACUAACGUCGUCCUUUGAAACAACGUGUCCCUUGAGUGACAAUGAUACAGAUAAUUAAAAAAUGGCAUUUAAAUAAAGUGGCAACCCUAUUUGGUCUCAGCAUUAGCGAAGCAGUAAGUAGAUGUAAGAAGAAGCACCGUGCUCCUUUUAAGAAGAUGGACAAAUUUCUUUCAGUCAUAGAGCAUUGAUCCAUUUUUUUGAUGUUUUGCAAAAUACUAAGCAAUUAAGUGAACAACAACCUGUAAGUACACCAGUGCAGUUAUUGAUGAAUUAAUGUGUUAUUAGGCUGCAUUUUUGCCUACUGUAAAGCAUGCAUCAAUGAUGGCAUUAGGACCAGUUAUACUCCCAUGUCUGCCAUUUAGAACACCCAUAUCUUUUUUAUUAUUAAUGUUUGCUGCCUUCAUUUUGACCGUCCCCUUUCUUUUCAGAGUAUUGUUCUUUGUUUUACCUUAUUUCUGUCAAAAAAGUGAAACCUAUUCAAUUCCCACCUUUGUCAGCCUCAAGAUGGCCCACAUGUUUGACAGCCAAUUAAGUACUUCAGAAGUGCAAACAACUUCUUGUGAUGUAACAUCAUAAUGCUACCUGGUGGGCAAUAUAAUGGGUAUGGGCUUUUGACCAGAUCCUCUAUCACCUCAAAGGUUAUGGAAGAG